AUGGUUGCAGAGAGAAAAGAACAUCGUAUACCUUACAAAACUUUUUACUACGUGAGAUGGAGGAAACGAAGGAUGACUUUGUUUCAACGUUACGGGAUUCCGGGUCCUAAACCGAAUUUUCUCUUCGGAAAUAUAAAAGAAUUUAACAAAGGAAUGAGUUCGUUAAUGUCUCGCCCAAUAAAAAUCUUUCUAAGUAACGUAGACAAGCAAGGAAAUCAUCCGUUCAAUACUGUCAGCCUUUGUAAAAAGUUGGUAUUUGAUAUAAUCUGUACAACAGCAUUUGGUAUAACCACAAAUGUUCAAAAUGACGAGACUAAUAAAUUUAUUGAGUCGGUUCAUGCUGCAUUCUCAGUCGAUUCUACUGACAUUUUAGCUGGAAUAACAAUUUGCUUUCCGGAAGUGGAGCCUGUCUGUAGCUUUAUUCGCUACAAAAUAGAUACAUUAAAAUACGUGUUAAAUCUUCCGUGUUUUACGGUGAUUUAUGAAACCUGUAAAGAAAUGGUCAUCUCCAGAAAAAAAUCAGACCAACAUCCGCAUGAUCUGCUGCAGGCGAUCAUAGAUGCUGAAGAUGAAAAUGGUGGAGGAAUGAAAAAACUUCCAGACAAUUUAGUAAUUGGAAUCGCGAUAAUGUUUAUGGCAGUCGGAUACGACACGACAAGCACCACGUUGGAGUGGAGUAUUUAUCAUUUAGCUCGUAAUCCUGAUCUACAACAAAAAGUCCGUGAAGAGAUUAAAAUGAACGUUUCUGACGAUAUGGAAAUCCAAUAUUCCGACUUAUGCAAAUUUCAAUUGCUAAAUCAAGUUAUUGCAGAAACUCUUCGAUUCUGGCCAUUUUCUUUCUUAGUAUUGAACAGAGUAUGUGCCGACGAUUACCAUUGUAAAGAUUUCACAAUUCCUAAAGGUGCUAUUUUAGCAGUGCCAGUACAAGUUUUGCAAAAAGAUCCAGCUUAUUGGAGUGAACCUGAUAAGUUCAAUCCCUACAGAUUUUCAUCUGAAGAACGAAAGCCAAUUGACUCCAUCGUUUACCAACCAUUCGGAGCGGGGCAAAGAAUAUGUAUGGGACAGAGAUUAGCAAAAACUAUUUUAAUUUUAACAUUGUCGAAUCUCCUGCGAUCGUUUAAAUUAGAAUUCCGUGGAGACGACAAGAUGGAAAUAUUGCAUACACUCUUCUUCACCUAUCCUAAGAAUGGAAUUAUUAUCAAGGCAAUCACGUUAAACUCGAGUAAUUAA